GUAAAUUAGGCCUCCGAAUAUAUAGGAACAUCGGAAACGCCUUUCAUAUUAUCGUAUUGCACCAUAUAAGGAGGAUAUAUUAACAGAAUAAGGAUGAGUAAACUAACCGUCGAAACGCUCAACGAAGCCAUCUCGGCAAUCUUGACGCAGUCCCAGGAGAAGAAGAGGAACUUUGUCGAGACUGUAGAGCUUCAAAUCUCCCUUAAGGAUUACGAUACCCAGAGGGACAAACGUUUCAGUGGUACUGUCGUCCUUCAGAAUGUACCACGUGAGCGUAUGAAGAUUUGUGUUUUCGGUGACCAGGUGCACUGUGACCAGGCCAAGAGCUUAGGUAUUGAUUACAUUGACCUUGAGGGUCUCAAGAAGUUCAACAGGAACAAAACUUUGGUCAAGAAGUUGGCCAACAAAUAUGGUGCUUUCCUUGCGUCACAAACUCUUCUUCCACAAAUUCCCAGGUUCCUCGGUCCCGGAUUGAACAAGGCUGGUAAAUUCCCUACUCAACUUACCCACAACGACAACAUGGAGGAAAAGGUCAGGGAAAUCAAAUCAAGUGUUAAGUUCCAAUUGAAGAAAGUGCUUUGCAUGGGUGUCGCCGUUGGAAAUGUUGAGAUGACACACGAACAACUCAGAGCCAACAUUGUUCUUGCCAUCAACUACUUGGUCAGCCUUCUUAAGAAGAACUGGCACAACGUGCGCGGUCUUACCGUUAAGAGCACUAUGGGUAAACCUUUUAGGAUUUACGGCUGAAGCCGCAAUCGUAGUAAACCUUUAAGCUAAAUUGAUACAG